AUGAAAAAACCACCGGUCAUUUUGAUGCAUGGACUUCUCCAAAGUUCUGAAGCGUUUUUGGAUGCUGGACCUGAUGCUGGAUUAGGAUUUCUGCUGUCGGAUUCCUGUUAUGAUGUAUGGGUCGGUAAUGAACGGGGAAAUUAUUAUGGUAGACGACAUAUUAGUUUAAAUCCUGAUAAAGACCCAGACUUUUGGCAAUUCUCCGUUGAUGAAAUUGGUUCAUACGAUAUACCAGCUUUAAUAGACUAUGUCCUGAAAUAUACAAAAGAAACGAAGCUGAACUAUAUUGGAUAUUCUCAAGGUGCUAAAACAUUUCUAAUAAUGUGUUCUGAAAGACCUGGAUAUUGUGAUAAAGCAAACAUUUUAAUAGGUCUAGCUCCAGCUGCAAGGCAAACGCAUACUCGGUCCGUACCAUAUAGACUUGUAGUACAAUACAUAAUGCAAAUGGAACGUGUAUUUUAUGAUACCGGUUUUCAUGAAUUUUUAGCAAAGGGUUCCUUAAGUCAGGAGUUUCUGGAAUUCUUUUGUCAAUUUACUUCUAUAUCAGAAACCAUUUGUGGAACGGGUGAAGCUCUGUUUGAUUCAUUUCAUCCUGGAUCCAUAACAAAUAAAACCUUGCGUACAAUGUUCGGACAUUUUCCUGCUGGGACGUCAAUUCAUAACAUGGCUAGAUAUGGUCAAAGCACGAGGACGCCGCGUUUUCAGAAGUUUGAUUAUGGAAAGUUAAAAAAUUUAGAGUUAUAUGGCAGUGAACAGCCACCAAGUUAUAAUCUUAGUGCAGUGACAGUACCAUUAAUGGUGUUGUAUGGUAAAAAUGACCAUUUAGUGGACACUAAAGACAUUUACUGGUUGAUAAAAAGAGUGCCAAACGUGUUAGAGGCGAAAGAAGUGUCGAAUUCCUUAUGGAACCACUUCGACUACGCCUACAGCCAAUAUAACAGGGAACUGUUGCUUCCUAAAAUUAAUGAAUAUUUAUUAAAAUAUAGUAGAGUAGUUAAAAACUUAAUUACGUGUUUC